AACAUUAGUAAACGGAAAAGUUUGUUACGUCAACUGUUACAUUGUUAUAUCGUUCCUAUGGUUACCGUCACGUUUUCUCGAAGAGACAGCUGUGAAAGUGAGUUGUGUUUUUCUGUAAAAAAACUAUCCACAGUUUCAAUAUUCCAAAUUUGAUGGCGCUGGAGUGUGAAAAAUAUUGUACAAUAAACACGGGCCGGUUUCUCAGCAAGAUCACACCCCGCACUGGCCAGAUCAUCCUAACCAUAACAAUAUGGGAGAUGUUGAUGCGGCUCGUGUGGCCUCUUGUGACAGCUUUAGGCUGGACAUGGAUCUCAUCCAGCAUUGGUUGGAUCAUCUUAACUAUAACAAUAUGGGAGACAUUGAGUUGUGUCAUGUGGCCUAAUGUGAUGGCUCGAGGCAGAAAAUGGAUCACAUCCGACAUUAGUCAGAUCAUCGUAAACGUCAUAGUGUGGGAGACAAUGCAGCAGUUCAUGUGGUCUGAUGUCAUGGUUGUUGGCAAAGCGUGGGUCAUAUUCAGCAUUGUUUGGAACAUCCUAUCCAUAAUAAUUUGCGAGACAUUCCUGCCAUCCAUGCGGCUGUGGUCUUAUGUGAUUGCUGUUGGCUGUGCAUGGAUCACAUCCAGUGUUGGUCAUAUCAUCCUGAUCAUAAUAAUGUGGCUUUAUAUGAUGACUCCAGCCAGGGCAUGGAUCACAUCCAUCAUUGCUCGGAUGAUCCUAAUCAUAAUAAUGUGGGAGACAAUCCUGCCAUUCAUGUGGCAUCCUGUGGUGGCUCUAGGCAAAGCAUGGAUCUCAUCCAGCGUUGGUCGGGUCAUGCUAAUCCUAAUUAUAUGGGAGACAUUCUGGCCAAUCAUGUGUCAUGAGAUAAAGUGUCUAAGCAGGUCAUUGAUGUCGUCUGGCAUUAGUCAGACAUCCCUGAUCAUAAUAAUGUGGGAGACAUUCUUGCGGUUUGUGUGGCCUAAUGUGAUGGCUCUAGUGAGAUUAUGGAUCACAUCCUUUAUUGGUCAGAUCAUCCUAAUCAUUCUAAUAGUGGUGAUAAUCCUGGAGUUCUCGCAGAUUCUUGUGAUGAUUGUAGGCAGAGGAUGGUUGUUCUUUGAACAGGGUGUACCAAAUAGGCAUCCUACCCAAGAGAUUUCAAGAACUUGCACAAGGGAUGAGAAUGAUGACAGUGAUUAGGCAGUGCAUAGGCAGUGUUUCUUCCAAUGAUUUGUCCUAAGCCCAGUCUGAAUUUGACCUUACACCCUAAGCUACUGAUGCAUAAGUUUUUUACUCAAGUUACAAAUUAUAAAACUACCCUUAAGUAGGAUCUGAGGUUCUUACGGUGAUGAGUAUGGAUGUCUCCUGGAUUGUAGCACUAUGUAGUCUGGUAGAAGUCUGCCAACAUUUCAGAGGUCUGUCUGAAACACUGCCAAAGUUCUCAGACUGCAUAGCACCAAAACCCAGAAGAUAAACCAUCUUUAUAAAAUUAACCUUGUCUAUGGGCGCGAAUGUAAAUUUGACACUGAGUAAAUUUCUUAUUGUUAGCAGAAGUGUUGGGGUUACUUUUGUAGAGAAAUCUGAAAGAAAAUUUUGAAAUAAUUAUUCUAUAAAUAUUAUAUUAUAAAAUAAAAUUUAUGGAUAUAAAUAAAAUACAUAUAAAUUAGA